AUGAGAGCGUGUAUAGUAAAACUUCAGAGGAUUUCGAAUACAACAUCUGUAGCUCCACUGAGCAAGGAUAUCAAGCGGAAUUUGAUCACACUGUUCAACCAAUCAGGCAACUUCUUGAGUAGCUCAGAAAUACCAGAAGCCAUAAACGCAACGCUCACUCGGAGCAACCCGGAUUUUCCACAGCAUCUCACCAAGGUUAGUUUCGAAAAAGAGGGCAACACCUCAAACAGCAAGCCACUGGCCAAAUCUGUGAGCUCGUACGUGACAGAGGAUAUUCCAAGAGGUCAGAUUAGAGAUGAAUUCGAUGCUGCUGUGCAAUGGCCGAUGCCAGGCAUCGAAAAUCUCAGCGAAAGAGAGAAGAUAGUGAGAGAUGCACUCUACGGGACAGACAGCAGCAACGCGCCAGGACUGGAGAUUGUCGAGGAGGCUGAGAGGCAGCUGGAGGAGGAGAAAUAG